UCUGUGUCUCUCCUUCCCUCCCUCGCUCCCUUGCUCCCCCAUACUCACACGCGUGCAGAGAGGAGGAGGUGCGGCUGGGGGAGGCUCGGUCGCAGGAGCUGCAGGCCAAAGCAGCGGCGUUUGUGCACAGGCGCAUGGCUGCUGUCAAUGCCGCGUACCUGCCGCCCAAAUCUGACUCAGCACUGCUUCUCUCCGCCUCGCCUGCUCUCUCCCCCUUGUGCUAGAAACGCUCUAUGUUACAGUUGGACCAUCCCCACGGUCUUUGAGCUCUAAUACAUUUCCCUCCCCUCAUCUCCCGUCUCUCCCAUCAGCUACAUUGUCUUCUGUCGACUGCAUCCGCAGCAGGCACACAAGUACUCAAUUCCUGCAGUCAACGCACGUGCGCUCUCUACUCUAUUCCCCCGUCGCCACCACCACAGCCAGCGCCCUGACGGCCAUCUGCCACCUUAGGAAGCUCUGCCUGCACCCCCGCCCUCGCCGCCACUCCCAUGUCUUCCACUCCCGCUGCCCGCCGCACCCGCUCCCCCUCGCCUGCUGCCUCGGCCUCUGCUGGCUCUGGUGAUGUGGUGGAGGAGGAGGGGGGAGAUGAGGGGGAGUGGGCUGAGGGGAUGGUGGGAGAAGAGGAGGAUGCGGAGGAGGAAACUGAGGAGGGGGCAGCAGAGGGCGGAGAGGUGGGAGGAACGGGUGGCAGGAACCAGGCAGGGCAGAAACGUGGUGGCUUCAGGCGCCCAUCCAUGCUCCCCCAGCCGUCCCCAUCCGCCCCAGGCGCGCCUCUCUCGCGCACAGCAGCAGCAGCAGCAGCCUCUGCUGCGGCCCUUAAAGCCCUGGGGCCCGAUGUGUGGCGCCUGAGCGGCAAGCUGCACGUGCUGGCCUUGCUACUGCGGGCAGUGUUCGGGGAGAAGCAGGGGCGAGGGGGAGCGAGGGGAGUGCCGAGUCUAGUGUUACUGAUGGUAGCAGUAACAGCCGCGUUCAGGACAGUGGUGGCAGUGGCGGUGGUGGUGGCAGUGGGGAUAAAGUGGUGAUAGUGUCGAAUUUCACACGGGCGCUUGAUGUGA